AUGCAACAAACAAAACAAAUUAAUUCUCAUCCUCAUCCGCACCAACAACAACAUCAUCAUCAUGUACCAAUUCUUCCAAAGCAACAACCUUCCAUAUCACCUCGACCUCCUCCGACUGCGCAUGUUAAUCCAAAUCAAUAUCCUCUACCAUUCCCUCCUUCUCCCCUCACCUACCAACACUACUAUCAACAACAACAACAAUACGCUCUCAAUCAAAACAGCAGCAACAAUAAUCAACAAUCCGUAACGACACCUCCUCAAGGCAUUUUCCCCGCUCAAACUUUUACAGAAAUUACAACAAAAUUUGGCGGCAGUGUGCAAUAUAGAAAUCGAAAAAGUUUGGGAAGCGAGCAAGAAAAAUUGUCAUCGUCAUCUUCCUCCUCGCACUCAGAUGUGAUUCAUCACCAUCAUCACAACAUUAAUAGUAGUAGUAACAAUUUUAGUGGUGGAGAGAAACAACGAAUUCAAUUAGGGCUACAUCAACAACAACAACAUCAUGGAAUUAUUUCUACGAGUGCUGCCUCGAAUAAUAUUGAAAGUAGUGUGGUAAUUAUUGGAGAGAGUAGGAGACCAACAAUAGCAAAUAGUAUAAAUAAUAAUGGAAAGGGUAGUGGAGAGGAAAUGUUGAUUGAUUCAACUCCAACUCCAAAGGUAUUUACACCAAGAACGACGAGUAGUAGCAUGGUAAAGAAGGAAGAGCAUGAAGGAAAGAAGCCAUUGUCAAUUUCAUCAUUUCUCUCUGCUCAAUCUGGUAAUCCUACGGCUUCAGCAUCAUCAGCAAGUAGAGCUCCAACUUCUCCACGUUCCAAUUAUAUUAAUGGAGUCAAGACUGUUUCUACAGCAGCUGUUCACAGAUUGAAACGUUUGCAACAACAGAUUCGUUCCUCUGAUUUGCAUGCUAUCAACUCAUCUGCACAAGUAUUGAACUAUUUAAAGAUGGUACAACAACAGCAACAAGCUUAUAUUCAACAAAGAAUGAUGCUUCAAUCAAGUUCCAUUCCUUCCCUGAAUAUUUCUGUCAAUCAUAUUAAGAAUCAAUUGUACAAUCCUAACUCUGUAACUCCAUCUUCCACAGCAACAAAUGCUGCUGCCAACAAUAAUUCACAAGAAUAUUUACCAUCUACCUUUAUACCUUCCUAUCAAUUGGAUCCAACUGUGGAUAUGAUGAUUUCUAAUUGGGAAAAUCAAAUCAGACAACGUCAACGACAACAGAAAAUGCAAAAGUAUAGAGUUCCAAAUCUUCGUAUUCCUCCACAAGAUUUUGCCUCUAACUUUAUGAUUGAUUCCUCAUCGAGUGGAGGAAGCAGUAAGGGAUCUCAUUCAGAUCGUUCUGAAGCUUGGAUGAGUGCACGAUUUGCAAGCUCCACCAUCAGUAGUGGAAGAGGAACACUAAGUAGUGGACUGGGAAUUUCUCCACUCAAUUCACCUAGUUCUUCUUGUGGAACUGUUAGUGACUGUGGUGUGCACUAUACUGCCGAUCCAAAUGAUCUCAUAUCACCUAGGAUUCAACAUCAUUCCAGACAUAGUCACAUGCUCAUUACUGCCGAACAAUUGUCUCCAGAGGAUGGAGACAAUGAUGACGAAGAUGAUGAGGAUGGAGACACACUCAUGAUUGAUGAUUCUUCCCCAACAGCUCCUAACAAGGUUCUUCCACCAAUUUCUACUUUGAAUUUACCACCACUCAACUUGCUCUCUAUUUCUCCUAGUACUGGUGAUCAUCAACAAGAUCAUUCUAAGAGUUGUCCAAAUUCUGUCUCUAAUAGGGAAAGUGACCAAGGAAUUCAAACACUGUUUGGUUCAGGAAGUCACAAAUCAGUUCAACCAAAUCCAAUUUCACUCAACAAUACACCACCAGUGAGUCAUGGUACUACAUAUAGACCAGAAGGAUUCAUUACACAUCGUUCACAUCAACAACACUAUAUCAAUAAUCAUCAUUCUAAUUUAACAUCAUCGUCAGGAAAACAAAUUCAUCACCAAGUUCAUUCUACCCAACGAAGAGUUGAUUCUCAACAUGUUGAAAGUUUAAUUUCCUCAACCAAUGUAUGUCCAUCUCCAAAACGUUCAAACCAUCAAUAUCAUCCAUAUCCUCUCACCAGUCCUAGAUCUAAAAAGAAGAAGGUAUCCACUCAAGAUCAACCAACAGAGAUUGAAUCUAUUUCAUUCAAUUUCCCUCCACCUCCUACUUCAAAUCCAUCUGAGUCAUCAUCCAAUGAACAAGUUGCCAAUCAGGAAGAAAUUCAACAACGUAUGUCCAUGCAACUUUUCCAAGCCAUUUUCAGACAUACACCUCUACCAAUGUUCAUUCUCAAUUCCAAGGGUAAAUUCAUGUCUGUUAAUCAUGCCUUUGUUAACAUGCUAGGUUAUAAUCAAGAGGAUCUCUUUUCCAACAAGUUUGCCUCUGAAUUUGUUUCGAAUGAACACGAAUUGAUGCAACAAAUUCACAAAUGCUCACACGAGGGAGGACUGAACAAUGGAGUAGCAAAUCAACAACACUAUUCAUUGUCUUUUAAGGAUUAUGAAGGAUUGGAAAUUCAAGCAGAAAAUACCAUUUACGUUCUCAGAGAUGUCAUAAUGACAGUUCCAGCUCCUCAACAAUUGGCAUCUGGCAUUCAAAUCAAAUCAUGUAUCAUUACUGGUAUUGCAUCCAAUGAAGAAAUGGGUAGCAAUCUAUCCAACUCCAACACUGACAACACCAUUGCCAUGGCAUACUCUUUGGCUAAGAGUUUGUGUUACAGUUGGAUGAAAAUCUUGGAACAAAACAUUGGAGCCGAUCAGGAACAUCGAAUGAUUACCUUGGUUGGACGUUCUGAUGAUUAUUUGAGCGAGAUGAGAGAAAGUUUGAUUAAAGAGUUGGGAGAAUCUUUCGUAAAGAAUAUUGAGAUUCGUAUUAAGGUUGGAGAUGCUUCAGAUGAAGACAAGAUUAGAAAGAUUGUUACUGAGUAUGAUUAUGAUUUGGUAAUUGCUUGUCAACCUUGUGGAUUUGUAACCACUGCAGAAGAAGGAAAAUCAAGACAACCUGUCAGAAGACGUGACAUUAAGGGAACUUCUUUCAAGCAAGGUGAAGAUAAGAAAGUUUCUCCUCGUCGUACUAACUCUACAUCUUCAUCAUCCUCAUCAACUGAUCAAGAUAGAGAAAUUGACAAUUCUUUCACCAAUUUGACAAUUAUUGGAGAAGAAACCAUUCGUCAACAAUUCGCCAACAUUAUUCAACCAACUUUGAACACCAUCUUGCCAGCAAUUAAGCAAGCCAACGAAAGAGGAGUGAUCAACUCACCAAAACAUGUCGUUGUUGGUUUAGUUAAUGAAGUAGAUCCAACAGUUUCUAAUCAUUUCGUCAAUGAAUUUGCUCUCCAAUUGCCAAGAGUUGUCUUUACACAAAUUUCCUCAUUGGUCAACCGUUCUCUCUCCACCGAAACUCUCUUUGGAAAUCAAACUAUUAGAAACCAAAUCGUCGAAACUGACCUACCAACCAAAUCUCAAUUAGUUUUCCAAAUGAUUAAUCCAAUCACCAACAUGACAGAUAGGAGAUUCAAUCAAUCUGUUUCCUCUACAUAUCAAUUCUCCACCUCUGCAUCAACUUCUUCAACCUCUCAAAAUGGUAAAGAUAAGAGAUCUCUCACCAAUCCAAUUCUUCCUCAAUUCUUGGAUAGGAUUCCAUCUCAAAUCUCCAAUCAAAUUCUUAAGGAAAUUUACAAGGGAAUUGAAGUGAUUGAUGUUAAUCUUCCAAUUCGAUAUGCCUCCGAAAGAUUCCUCUCCGUAUUGCCUCAUUCCAUUGGUCAAUUCACAAGAACUAUUUUUAAUUUGUAA